CGCCGCCGCCGCCCGCCCGCCAGCAUCACCGGCAGCGUUAGCAUGGGUUCCGACUUCAAGGCCAUCCCGCUCGUCGACAUCAGCGCGCUCGUGGAGAAGGUCGACCAUCCGGGCAUGGCCGACGACGGGGACCUGCUGGACGUCAUCCGUGAGCUCGACCGCGCCUGCAAGGACGCCGGCUUCUUCUACGUGAAAGGCCACGGGACAGCGGAGUCGUUGAUGGCGGAGGUCAGGGACGUCACGCGCAGCUUCUUCCAGCUCCCGCUCGAGGAGAAACGCAAGAUCAGACUCACACCCCGGACUGGAUACAGAGGGUACCAGAGAGUGGGCCAAAACAUCACCAAGGGCAAGCUUGAUAUGCAUGAAGCAAUCGAUUGCUACGCGCAUAUCGAACCGGGCAAGUAUGGAGAUCUCGGCAAGCAUUUGGAAGGAGAUAAUUUGUGGCCCGAUUGCCCAUCAAAUUUUAAAGUACUCCUAGAUAACUAUGCAAGGCUUCUUCGAGAUCUUUCAAGGAAGAUCAUGCGAGGUAUAGCUUUGGCACUAGGUGCGCCGUCGGAUGCUUUUGAAGGCGGAACAGCGGGAGAUCCCUUCUGGUAUCUCAGGCUGAUUGGGUAUCCAGUCCCAGCUAGUAUUUCACAGGAGCAACGCACUAAUACUGGAUGUGGAGCUCACACGGAUUACGGCCUUUUGACACUGGUUAACCAAGAUGAUGACAUUUGUGGGCUUGAGGUCAGAAACCUGUCUGGUGAGUGGAUACAGGCGAAGCCAGUCCCUGGAACCUUUGUGUGCAACAUUGGUGACAUGCUAGAAGUUUGGUCUAAUGGAAUAUAUCAGCCCACGCUCCAUAGAGUUUUCAACAACUCCCUUCAUUACCGUGUAUCUGUUGCCUUCUUCUACGAGUCGAACUUCGAUGCUGUGGUCGAGCCUGCGGAGCUAUGCCGAGAGAAAACGGGUGGCGUUGCCAAGUACGACAAGGUGGUGUACGGGGAGCAUCUAGUCAAGAAAGUUCUGAACAACUUCGUGCUGUAACGUCCGAUGUACAGCUUACCGGUUGCAAAUCAUGAUUUUGAUGUCCCUUGUUCUCGUUACGCCGCGCGCCAUUGUAACUUUGUCCUGUCCGGCAUGCUUUGUUCUCAUUAUGAUUAUUAUCUUAUCAGGAAUUUGAUAUGCUUAUGAUAUAGAGAGAUCGGGAGUUGAAACUAUUUGCGGUUGUCUCACUUUGAUAUGGUGCAAUAAAUCAAUGAAAUGUUUCUGUC